CUACUCUAGGAGGAUGCAAAACACCUGACCUCUGUCUGGACAAUGCUGAUUGGCCCUGUGCUGAUCACAUGCACUCUCCCAAUAAAAAAAAACCUUUCUAGCAAUACACACUAAACUUAGCAUGUGUGGCUAUGGUUCAGUCUGUUUUAUCAGGAGAAGAGGAGGAGCAAAGAAGUCAGAAUCAAACUGCCUUUUUUCACACAAUGCAGAGGAUUAACCCCUUAGGUUCCACAGUGAGUAUAACAAGCAUGCUUUACUGCAUAUACAGACUGAUUUUACUGUUGUGGGGUUAG